ACAUGUGGACAAAACCUUCUAUCAUAACAAUGCCCCACCCUCCUAACUUCAUUGUAGCAACGAUGGAAGUUGUCCAGUAAUAAGUUAUAGUUUUUGUUCUGGUUUGGAUUUGACAUGACUAAAUGUACAUGUUUAUGAGUGGAACACAAUCAAAAACAGUAAACUGGCAUUGAUUUUAUUUGACAUUGGAUACUAACCAACAUAAUAAACAGGACAAUAAACAGUACAAUGAAUACAAUGAGCACUAUGGCAAAUAAGGUAGCAGAUGACAGCAAGGGUUAAAGAAGUAUCAGAGAAGUAUGUGAUGGACCUGCUGCCAUCUUUUGGAAAAAACAUAACUCAACUAUUUCUUUUAAUAAUUAACGAUUUGUCAUGUAAGAAUAUAUAUGCUUAUAAGUGAUUGAGUAUAUUAAGAUUUUCCAUUGCUAGUCAUUUCACAACUAUGGCAUUGAAAUUAUAGCUGCCAUUUUCCUCUUUUCAAAUUGUGUAGAUGAAACAAAAGAGGAAAAAUAUAACAAUCAAUAAAGAGAAGUUGGCUAGUAGAUGAAAUAAUGCUAUAUUUGUUUGGGUGUAAAUUUCUGUCACUCAAAAGGGCAUUUACAAAAAAGGUACUACAGAGAAACAUAGCAAAAUUAUUAGAGGGAUAUUACAGAAUAAAUGGCACAAAUGACUUAGUUAUUAGUUGUGUCGAAGUUUUUUAAUUUAUUUUCUUAGAAUUGCUUACACACUCAUGCAUACACCCACACACACACACACACAAAGUAUAUACACUAAUCUGUUAGUAUCCUGCAUAACAAAUACUGACUGUACUUUUAACAAACAAGUACAGUCAACAUUUUCAGUAAAAUAUUGUCUGACCCAGCAGUGUUUUCAGUCUUGGUUGUGUGAGAUCUGUAUCAGAGCUCCUGUUACUGUUGCUAGAGGUGGAGCUGCUAUUCCAGUUUUAUAAACUGGGACAACAGAUAAAUCUGAGGACUCAUCACAUAAUCAGUGGAAGAGGACAGAUGGGAAAGCUGAGAUAAAUCACUUUUCAGUUUUUAGACUUUAAUAUUUUAUCUUUGGUGACUUGCUGUAUGAUUUUAACCUUUAUUUGAAGGAAAUCAAGAUGUUUUGUGGAGCUGUUUCUGACUCAAAUCUGAAAUCUGAAAUGUGAACCUGACUACACAAAGAAAAAAAAAAAGGAUGCUCCAGGGGCCGUAUGGCAGUCUGGAGCGGGACCGGCCCCUGAUCCGGCUGCCGUUCACCACCUUCAUCGUUGGGACCCUUCUGCUUCCUCUGACUGGAAUGAUCGCGUGCCUCUUCAUCUCAUUGUUGUACCAUUUUGAAGAUGCCACAUAUACUCACUGUAGGGUAUCAAACUACCUCCCAUCCAUUAGCUCUGCUAUCAGCCGUGUCCCAGAGCGCUACAUUUGGCGCUGUUGCAUUGGCCUGCACUCAGCAUCGCGCUAUCUGGUCACUUUUGCCUAUUUCAGUUUUUAUCGCAGCUGCUUUGCCAAGAGGAUGGUUGAGCUCCUGCUGAGUGGACUGGCUCUCGUCUGCAGCCUGGCUGAAAACACCGGCCUGUUGCUGCUCACAUACGUAUCCUCGACUGAAACCUACACUGUUCAUAAAAAUGGUUUCAUCGUCUUCAUCGCAAGCUCACUGCUACACAUGCUCAUUACAUGCAGACUUUGGCAGGUGAACAGGAAAUACUCAGUGAACCCUGAGGAACUGACAUCAUAUCGCUGGAAAGUGCGUCUCUUCCUGUUUAACGUCAGCUGUUGCCUGGCUGCAGCGUACUUCUUCCGACGCCACAACAAGUACUGUGAACAAGGAGUCUACACUCUCUUCGCUCUCUUUGAAUACCUGGUGGUUUUGUCCAACAUGGCCUUUCACCUGACGGCUUUCUGGGACUUUAGGAGCAAAGAGGUGAUGGUGGCCACGCCUCCUGAGGACAAGCGAUACUGAACAGGCACAAAAUGCACCAAUGGCACACGAGAAAGCUUUAAACUUUGAUCACAUGAUGGUAUCACAAACAUGUUUAUGUGUACUGAUAUUGAAGCCUUUUUUAACCUAAUCAUUCCAACAAAACACGGAGUAUUUAUCCUUCUUCUGAUGAUGAUGACGUUUUGUACUGUGAGGAUGUGAGGACACCAACAUUAAAACCACACUGUUAUUAUAUUGUCACGCACUUGUUGUAGUAUGAAUGUUAUGUUUUUCUAGCAAAUAAAGCUUGAGCCAAAGCAAA